CCAGAGUGUGCCACUUUGAUCAGAACUUUUGCCUACCUUAGUGUAAAACGUUUAUUUCAUUAAAGCGCGUGUACUUGCUUGACUUUGCUUCAGCUCGCCCCCCCACGCCCCUUCCUCUGGCAUCUCAAGCUACUUCAUAUUUCACAGGUGACACCGGUGCUCGAGCCUGUCCGAGCCUCGACAUAAUCAUACACUUUAUAUACCUACUGGUUCCUUCCCCUGGCAUCCUGGGUUUUACACACUUCCCCAGUUCUGAAAAUAUGCGACAGGGCUGUUCCCGCCAUCAAACGAUCCGUGGCCCGGAUGCUCUCAUCUGAGCAGCUCUACAAAGCCUGUGUUCCUCACACUGCCUUCUGGCUAGGAUUUCCUUUCACGCUCCUACCAGUAACACCGGAUUAGGGUGGAGACUGCAUUCGCCGUACCUCAAACCCGGUCACCAGAUUUUGUUUUGAGAGGUGAAACGAAACAGCCUCGCCGCGACGACUCAAGACCAGAACAUCUGCCCUUCCUACUCAGGUCGCCAUCUGUCAGUCAACGCCUAGCCCAUCGACACCAUGGUUCUUCAAUGGCACAUUGGCUUUCCUGUCAUCCUGAAACUCUUGUUGGCGAUAACGAUCUGCCUCAUUUUGUACUUUAGCCAACAUCCUGCACUUGACAGAUUCGACCAUCGCAUAUCAAACCUCGACCUGUCCCUUAAGCUUCCCAAGGGCGGUCUCAAUUUCGGUAACAAGAGCGACCAUCAUGGCUUCUACUCCUCCGAUGCUGCCGCCAAGUUUUGCAAGCACCACGGUUACCCCGUCUUUGUUCCCCAGUCAGAGACUGGCCAGCGAAAGGUAUACGACCUAUUCAUGGUCAACACAGAGCUCGACUGGAUGGAAAUACGCUUGAACUCUACCUACAACUACGUUGACUACUUUGUCAUCGUUGAGUCUCCAAAGACUUUUACUGGCAGGCCCAAGCCACUCACGAUCAAGGAGAACUGGGACCGGUUCAAGCCUUACCAUGACAAGCUUAUCUACCACGAGCUCGAAUUCCCGUCAGAUUUCAAUCCGAGAAGGUCGUGGGACUACGAAGACUUACAACGCAACGCCAUGUACACCCAAGUGCUGCCUAGGCUCGUCGGAAAGCAGGCUCCGGUAUACGGGGACGUUAUCCUCGUCGCCGACGUUGACGAGAUUGCUCGACCGGAAACACUAUUGGUGCUGCGAACGUGCCAAUUCCCCCGUCGCCUCACCUUGCGUAGCCGGUUUUACUAUUACAGUUUCCAGUUCCUCCACACGGGACCUGAGUGGGAACACCCGCAAGCCACCUACUACCAGGGCCAACGCACGCUCCUUCCGGCGAACCUGCGAAUGGGAGACGGGGGCUUCAAGCCGCUUUACGAUCUGGAGAAGGCGAAUCUCGGGAACGCCUGCUGGCACUGCUCCAGCUGCUUCGCCACCGUCGAUGAGUUCCUCACCAAGAUGUCGUCCUUCUCCCACGAGUGGAUGAAUGGCGAGAGGUUUCGAAACAAGGACCGUAUAGCGGACGCCAUUAGGAACGGAAAAGACCUUUGGGGCCGGGACGUUGACCAAUUUGUGCGCCUCGAGAAUAAUACAGAUAUGCCGAGUAUUCUACUGGAUGAGCCGGAAAAGUUUGGUUAUAUGGUGAAUAGGGAUGGGCCUUCAGCUGGGUUUACCGACUACCCAUGACUACCCAUGACUGUCCUGAACUCCCGUCUCUUGCUUCUUUGGUCAUGCUCGUUAUUUUCUAUUCUGUUUUAAUCGGGCAUAUUAGCAUGGAGUUACUGCUUGGAUGGAGGAACCGCAUCGUCGUCUUUUUUUUCCUGGAGGGAUGGACGGCGAACCCAAGAGGGAUGGCAUCUGGCAAGUCAUUCCGAGCACUAGAAGAAUUCAACGCCAUGUACAAUACAUUCCCAACACUCAUGCUCGUGCCGCAUUGCCUUGUGGGUGGUGUGAGAGGCAUUCCAGUUCCUUGACA